GCUUAGGUGCAGCCAGUGCAGUGAGAGGAUGGGACAGCAAGUCAGGUUGGCAAUGAAGGGACAGCUCUCCACUCCAGUGCUGUGGCUUCUUCUCCUCACAAUUCAGGGCAUAGCAGGUUCUGAUGAGCUAAGGCUGGCAGAUGGAGGCAGCCCCUGUGCCGGGAGAGUGGAGGUUAAAAACCAGGAUCAAUGGGGGACGGUGUGUGAUUACAACUGGGACAUGGAAGAUGCUGAGGUGGUUUGUAAGCAGCUGGGGUGUGGAUCUGCUGUCAGUGCCCCAGAUCGGGCUCAUUUUGGAGAAGGAUCUGGACCAACUUGGCUGUAUCUAGUUGAUUGUGGUGGUGACGAGUCAGCUCUCUGGGACUGCAGUCAUAUAGGAUGGGGUAUAAGACAGUGCCGUCAUUCUCUUGAUACUGGAGUGAUCUGCUCAGGACACAUUAAGCCCCGUCUUGUUAGAGGAGAUGGUGACUGCUCAGGACGUGUUGAGAUAAAACGUGGAAAUACGUGGACCACAGUCUGUGAUGCACAUUUUGAUCUCAAAGUUGCCAAUGUUAUCUGUAAUGAACUACAGUGUGGAAUGGCUGUAUCUAUCCCAGGAAGAGAUCACUUUGGAGAAGGACAAGGCAAGAUCUUGACUCAAGAAUUCCAGUGUUUCCGGCUGGUGAACGGCAGCUCAGAAUGCUCAGGGAGAGUGGAGAUCCAGGUUCUUGGUGCCUGGGGAACCCUCUGUGACUCACGCUGGGAUUUACCAGAUGCCAACGUUCUCUGUCAUCAGCUCAACUGUCGCUCUGAAGCACUCAGACUGCUGAAUGGAGAGAGCCAGUGUGACGGGAGAGUUGAGAUUUUCCUCCAUGGUGUGUGGGGCAGAGUGCUGGAUGACCAGUGGAACAUGAACGAUGCCAGUGUGGUGUGUAGGCAGCUCCAGUGCGGAGUCGCUGAGAAAGCUUAUAACCCCCCUAAGUCUGAGCAAGGAAUGGGCCCUGUGGGGCUGAGAAGGGUCCAGUGUGCAGGAAAUGAGACUCGUCUGACUCUCUGUGACAACUCCACGUCUGAGACAUUCCAGGCAGGAAUUGCUGUGGAUGCUGGUGUUAUUUGCUCAGGGAGCAGGCGGAUCAGAUUGGUGAAUGGGACAGGUCGCUGUGCUGGGAGAGUGGAGAUUUAUUACAAUGGCAGCUGGGGGACAGUCUGUGAUGAUUUCUACCUACCAGACUCCAAUGUCGUCUGCAAACAACUGGGAUGUGGACAUGCCAUCAGUGCAACUGUCUCUGCUCAUCAUGGGGAAGGAUCCGGGCAGAUCUGGCUGGAUGAUGUGAAGUGCUCUGGGAAUGAAUCCGAACUCUGGGCAUGUCCUUCCAGGGCUUGGGGCCAGCACAACUGUAGGCACAAAGAAGAUGCAGGAGUUCUUUGCUCAGAAUUCACAGAUCUGAGGCUGGUAAGCGACAGUGACUGUGCUGGGCGGCUGGAGGUUUUCUGCAACGGGACGUGGGGCAGUGUUUGCUCCAGUCAGAUGUCUGGAGACACCCCAACAAUUGUCUGCAAACAGCUGAACUGUGGGGACAGAGGGCAGAUUGAAAGAGACUUUGAAUAUGGAGCAGGUUCUGGUCCCACGUGGCUGGACCACGUUGCAUGCGGUGAGCAGCACGGCUUCCUCUGGCAGUCUUCAGAGCCCUGGGAUCCAAAGUCAUGUGAUAACAGAGCAGAAGAGACCCAUAUUUCUUGCGCUGGAAAAAAAUCAAAACCAACUCAGACCCCAUUUACCGAAUGCCCGAACUCUCCAAGCUGCACAGACCAGGAGAAGUUACAUGUCGUGGGAGGAGAGGACAGAUGCUCGGGCAGAGUGGAGGUUUGGUACCGUGGCUCCUGGGGAACAGUUUGUGAUGACUCCUGGGACAUGGCAGAUGCUAACGUUGUGUGUAAAUUACUGGGCUGUGGAUCUGCUGUAUCUGCCCCGGCUGAGGCUGCAUUUGGCGAGGGGACUGGUCCCAUCUGGUGGAGAAAUUGAAUUGCCGAGGGACAGAGUCAUCUCUCUGGGACUGUCCUGCCAAGCCCUGGGGUGAGAGCAACUGUGGUCACAAGGAAGAUGUUG